AUGGAGGAGAUACAGAUGUACUACAAUACUCCUUUGCAUAUGGCCUGCGAUAGAGGGCAUCUCCCAAUAGUCCAUUUGCUUUUAUCUCACGGAUGCAGAGUGAACCCGUAAAAUACGAAGAAACUAACUCCUUUACACAUUGCUUCCGAAAGAGGUCAUUCUAAAAUAGUAGAAUUACUAUUAGAUUAUCAUAUCAACUCCAGAUUCUUUAAAUAUGUUGCUCUUGAGAACGAGAUAGAUAUGAAUAUUAUUGAUGACAAAGGUUAAACAGCUCUGAUCAAGUCAAUAAUACAUGGAAAUUUAGAGAUAACUAGGCUAUUGAUAGAAAAUGACAGUGAUGUAAACAAGGCAGAUAGCGAUUAUAAAACAGCCUUACAUUAUGCUUUGUUUGAGGGAAAGGAUGACAUAGCUAUAUUUCUAGUGCUUUAUGGAGCUGAUAUAAAUGCAACCUGCAAGACUGGAGAAAAACCCAUUGAGUUUGCUAACACUAAAUUAAGAAAAGCAUUAAUGGAGAUAUACAAUGAAAUUAGUGGGAGAAAUGACGAAGAAGAAAAAUCAAAUCAACAUAAAUAAUCUUAAGGACUAAAGAACUGA